CCCCCAAAGGAAAUUCACACUUCACUAGCUGAGCGACACUUCCUUUAUAUGUGUGUCCCUAUAUUUUGUAGUCUAAGCCUGUGAAACAAAAUAACCGUGAUACAAGUGCAUCCAGUACGCGAACUAAUCCACUAAUCCGAUUCAGAUCUUGUGACCAUGACCGCUAACCCGUGCAUAUUCUGUUUAGAUGAGCAGAGGUUUCCGCACCGCUUACCCUGCGGUCACUCCUUCUGCACGGAGUGCUUCCAGAGGUACUUGGAGCUGGGUCGGGACUCGAGGUGUCCACUCUGCAGACGCGACUUCAGGCCGGUCCGCCAGACUUCUCCCCCCGAAGAGACUUCUCCAGAGGAACCCGCACCUGAGAACGAGAUGGACACUCUGGUGCUGACCCUUUCGGAACAGGAGUGCCGGUUCUUUGAGCAGCUCUCCAGGGACUUACGAUUGGCCAGCAGUUAUUUUUUUUAGAUAUUAGUAUAUAUUUGUACUUUAUGUGCGGCAAAAACCUUGUUUUUUUUUGCAAAGUUAUGCGCCAGAGAUGAAAGAUUGCUGGCGAAUACUU